UGCCCGUCAGUUCGCUUAAGGCCCUCGAGUGCAACAUGUACACAAAGAUUCUCCUGCUGCUGCUUCUCAGUCUCUCGGCGUCUUUGAAUAUUGCGGAGGCUUUGCCAAAGCCCAAAGCGUCCUACUUCAAUUUCACCCAUGUUAGCGAUGAUGGAAGUUUUUUCGCCUCUUAUCACGGCAAUGAUAAGAAGCACCAAUACGUUGAUAAGGGCGAUGAGAAUCAUUCAGAUAAGAUAUAUGGCGGAAGUAGCGCCGCACUUGGUCAGUUUCCUUUUAUGGUAAUCAUCCACAGAUUGGCAGGAAAAGGGCAGUACUUCGUCUGCGGCGGAUCGAUUCUUUCAUCUCGCUGGGUCCUUACCGCCGGCCACUGCAUCGCAAACAAGCCUCAGAAGUUCUUCGUAGUUUUCGGCGUCGUUGACAAAUCCGGCUUUGGUUACGACUACAUUACCGGAGACGGCGUUUCAAUGAUUUCGACGCAGGGCGCCUUGCAUCCCGGCUACGGAGAGGGCCAGCACGACAUAGGGCUUCUGUACAUGCCGAAAGAUAUUCCGUUUAGCGACACUGUGCAGCCGAUCCGCCUUGCCGGCAAAUCAUACCAGCGCCAGUCUUUCGCGAGCCAGAUGGGCCACGUUUAUGGCUGGGGUAAGGAUGAACAAGACGGCCGAGCAAUUUCGAAGCUAAAGUACGGUCGGGUGCCGAUCAUAUCCAACGGUAUGUGCCGCAGAACUUGGAGCGUCGAUUAUACCCACGUCUGCACUGACUCGUCGACUGGUCAGGACGUAUGCCAGGGUGACAGCGGCGGUCCUCUGGUCGUAUUGGAAGCGGACGACGAGCCGCUGCAGGUCGGCAUCGUGAGUUACGGGGACGCUGGUUGUCCCAGUAGUAGACCUUCUGUGUUCACCAGAGUUUCUGCUUACACCACGUGGAUUAAGAGAGUCACUGGAAUCGACUACGAAUAAGAUGUUAAACUAAAAACUUUAUAUGUAACACUACGACUAUUUGCUAAUUUUUAUGUAAAUACACUUGUAAUUAUUAACGAAUGAAUGAUCGAAUAAAAGCGAAUAGUGAAU